AUGGACUCCAAAUUAUAUCUCGCGGAGCAAGUGCUCAACGAGCAACGUACAGUCACCUACCGGUCUUUGAGCCGCGUCUUGAAGGUUCAUGCCAACCGCGCUAAACAGAUCCUCUUCGAGUUUCACAACAAAGAAAACGCGAAGAAGCCCCAGAGUGUCCACGCUACCUACAUCAUCUCCGGAAUUCAGAAGGCGCCAGAGCCGCCAGCGACGAAUGGCCAUGCGAAGAACGACGAAGAUGAGAUAAUGCAGAGCAGUCCCUAUUUGCCUAGCUCACAGCCAAAGCAGGAUGACGCAUCCGAGUCCCUGCGCAUCGCCUCGAUCAUACUAGCUCGGGAGGAAGAUCUGGAAGCCGACAGCUCUCCAAGAUUUCAACAUGUUGACGGGGUGUGUCGGGAAAUCGCCACAGCACAUGCGCCAGAUGACCCGUUGGAGUGCGGAAAGGAGUGGGGGAUGAUCCAAAAUCGCAAUGUCAAGCGAAGAACGGGAGCUCGUCCACCGCCACCCGCAGCUGCUCCAGCACCCAAAACCAAAACCGAAUCCACAAUUCCUGCUAAACGACCUCUCGAGAAAUCCGCUCCCGUCGCGAAAGCUGAAGUUAAAACCGAGGAGACGAAAUCUCAGCCAUCAUCAGCGAGCAACUCUCAAACGUCUUCCAAGGCUGCUGCAAAGCCAGCACUCAAGCGCGAGAAGAGCAAUUUGUUCAGCUCGUUUGCCAAAGCUAAGUCCAAGCCGAAGACAGCAACUCCUGUAGACUCGGCAACACCAAGCGGCGCAGAAGAUGUUGCACUGGAUGAUGCUUCAGAGGAGGAAGAAGAGGCCGAAGAGCUCUUCCCUACUAGCAACGACAAAACGGCGGUGGCAGGCGGCCGCGAAAGUAAAAAAGAGCGAGCGGAGAAGCUCAAGGCCAUGAUGGAAGAUGACGAUGCAGACGACGAGGACAUGCCUGAUGCUGAUGAAGAGCCGGCGCGCGAGCCGACUCCCGUCGAGCAACCACCGCCUUCCAAGCCAGUAGAGCUGAAGGAAGAGGUGACUGUACAAGGUGGUCGCCGACGAGGCAAGCGUCAAGUCAUGAAGAAGAAGACAGUCAAGGACGAGGAAGGCUAUUUGGUUACUCGGGAAGAAGCGACCUGGGAAUCUUUCUCCGAAGAUGAGCCGAUUCCCAAGAAGAAGCCAGCAGUUAACGUCGCUAAGGGCAAGGGAGCCAAACCUGGCCAGGGAAACAUCAUGUCGUUCUUCGGCAAGAAACAGUAA